AUGGGUCGCGGUCUCAGCUUCACCUUCGAGUGGGACGACUUCGCCGCCCUUCGCGACCAUGAGAAAGAGUUCACCGACAGAUGCUUGGGAUUCGCCAUCAGGUGGGACUCGAGAAGUCGCGGUUUAGGGCGUAUAUCGGCGCCGGCUUCCUCUAGAUGGGCGCAUAAAAAAGUGCCAGACACAGUGUCCGACGAGAAGGUCGGCACCGGCAUGCUUGCCGCGAUGUCGUUCGGGUGGGUGGCCAAGCAGGUUGACCUGCUGACGGGCGAGAAGGGUCGUGGUGCGGUGAGACUCGAGAACAUCAAGACAAAGGGGCUAAAUUCGUUGCGAGACAGCAUGGUGGAGUACAUCUGCAAGCGCAUCGCCGAAAAACGCUCUGCGGCGCCGACAUCACAACCCGCCGACAGUGUGAUUGAUGACGACGCCGCGGAAAGACAGACAGCGCCCCAAGCAGCAGUUGCCACCCAGCAUCAGGGGAACGCGAAGGUGUCCGCGGAAGGAGGAAACGGUGGUGGAGGAGGCAACGCUGCGACAGGUGGAGGAAGGAAGGAAGAGGAGGAGUCGGAGGAGGAUUCGGAGUCAGAGUCGGAGUCUGAGGAGGAGGCGGAGAAGCGGAAGGAGGAGGAGGAGGAGGAGGAGGAGGAGGAGGAGGAGGAGGAGGAGGAGGAGGAGGAGGAGGAGGAGGAGGAGGAGGAGGAGGAGGAGGAGGAGGAGGAGAAGGACGAGAAGGAUGACGGAAAUGAGGAGGAGGAAGGGAAGGAUGAGGAGGGAGAAGGGAAGGAUGGGGAGGGGGAAGGGAAGGAUGAGGAGGGGGAAGGGAAGGAUGGGGAGGGGGAAGGGAAGGAUGAGGAGGGGGAAGGGAAGGAUGGGGAGGGGGACGGGAAGGAUGAGGAGGGGGUGGAGGAAGUGGUGGAGUACGAGGUGGAGUUCGAAGAGGAGGAAGCUGCACUAGAGGCGGUGGGGUCGGUGGAUGAAAAGAACGAGGAAGCGGAGGAUGGCGAUUCGGGUAAUAAUACGAGGUCGGCAGAUGGGGGGAAGGAGAAGGAUGAGGUCGGCGUGGAGGCAAUGACGGAAAAGGGCCAGGAGGAGGCGGCAUGCGAAGGUGGGAAGGUGUCGGUCGACGCCGGCGAAGCGGCGAACACCACGAGCGUGCAGGAGACGGGGGAAGCUUCUGGUCAGCAGGGUAAUGAGCUGGACGACGUCGAGCAGGUGCGACGGGAGAACUGGCUGUUGAGGGCGGAAAACGCUGAGCUGGCGACGUUGCUCGAUGCAGAGCAGGCUCGGCUGGACAGGUUUUUUGUUGGGAUACGUGGACUCGUCGACCACGUGAAGGAGUUGGCUGAGCACGUCAACGACACCGAGAAGUAUGCGGCGGAACAGUUGCGAAACGCGACGGCGGCCAUGUCGAAGACAAUCACGGGCAACAUCACCGGCAGCUUCGACGAAGCGUGGAAGACGAUGAAGACCUUCGCGGAACAGGCGACGGCGUGGUUGGAGGACUUCGACAACCCGCAGGGUCGUGUGGCAGUUGCACGCGCGGUAGCGGUCGACGCGUUGGCCGAGCAUGUGACUGGGUUGGUGGGCGAAGCGCAGCGGGGUUUGGAGCUGUACGUCACGACGCAACUAUCCGCCGCGCAGGUCAACAUCGCCACCGCUGUGACCACCAGGCUCCCCGUGCAGCCGCCGCCACCGCCUCCGCCCACGCCGCCCGCCCUCCCAGAAGAGCUCUUGAAGUCGUUCAAGGCCGACAUUAUGAAGGCGGUGACGGAGGCCACCCAGCAGUCUUUCGUCGCUUCCAAAAUGAAGAUGAUGGCCGAGAUGGUCGGCACUGUGUCGCCUGGUCGACAUGGGUCGUCGCCGUCGGCCAAUGACACCGAUCACGCGCAACGGAAGACGGCCGAGAAGCAGGGCCUGAAGAGAACGAGCGACGGAGACAACAAGGAGAGCGCGAAGGGCGACGCGAAGCGGAGCAAGGGAUCGGACGGGAGUGUCAGAGGUCCACUGGUGAUCCCCGAUCGAUCCUAG